CUUUUGGUGCUGGACCUCCAUGUCUGGGCUGAACGGUGGGGGUGGAGACGCUCCUUCAGAGGAAAAUCAAGUUGUUCCUCAUCUAGCACAACUGUAGGAUUAUAACAGCAGCAACAUUUUCACAGCCAGGAAAAUAUCAGGAAAUAAAAGCUAUUACAAAAACAAAUAUUGCAAGAAGACAGUGACACAGUUCUCACAUCCUACUUCACACAGGCAUUUCUGUGACUCACAUUGCAAAGCAGGAAGCAACAGAGGUAGGGUGUGUGGAGAAUAUAUAUAUAUUCACUGAAGCAAGAAAAUCCACUCAUUUUCAAAGGAAGGAAACCGCCUAAAGGUACAACGAAUUCUUCUGAACUCCCUAGGAAAAUAACGCCAUGAUCCUGUUCAUUUUGUGCGCAUGCCUGGCUGCAGUGCUGCAUCAAUCCGCUGCACAGGUCUCUGACCAUUUCACUAACUUGAGCACCAUCAAUGAAGACCAGAAAAAGGAGAUUGUGGACACACACAAUAAGCUACGCAGAGAAGUCCAACCACCUGCUAGCAACAUGGUGAAGAUGGAAUGGAAUGAUGAUAUACGAAAGAUGGCACAACAGUGGGCAGACCAAUGUACAUUAGAUCACAGUGAGCCACCUGAUAGAACACUAAAUGGCACAUCCUGUGGUGAAAAUCUCUUCAUGUCAACUUCCCUCGUGGGAUGGAAUAAAGCCAUUCAGAGUUGGUAUAAUGAAGAAGCUGACUUUCUGUAUGCUUCUGGAGCAAAGACAAAAGGAGCUGUGAUUGGCCAUUACACUCAGGUGGUUUGGUAUAAUUCUUAUAAAUGUGGAUGUGCUAUUGCCUUCUGCCCAGACAAAAAAUACCAGUACUACUAUGUUUGCCAGUACUGUCCUGGAGGGAACAUUGAAGGCAAGAUUGCCACCCCCUACAAAGCAGGAAAACCCUGUGGGGACUGCCCAAAUGAUUGUGACAAAGGAUUGUGCACCAAUCCAUGCAAGGAGGAAAGAAAUCGUUAUAGCAAUUGUGCGAGCUUAAAGGAUCAAGUGGGAUGUGAUCAUCCUAUAAUGAAAGACUGUCAGUCUUCUUGCAAAUGUCCCACAGAAAUAAUAUAAGGCUCCUGAAUUUCUUACUUAUAACAACCAUCUCUUUGUAUUAAAAUAAUAUGCUUUGCUAAAUUAGACUAUUGUUCAUUUUUGAUUAUUAUUGAUCCAUAGACUACUACAGGUCAAAACCAUUUUAUAAGUAAAAUGUUUCUAAUAGUUUUUUUACAUGUAAUUGUAAUUGUUUCUAGUUAUUACAAAAAUGAAUUUAACAUUAGAAUUUUCCUCUCUG